AUGGCACGGCGGCUCCGGGAUGAACUGGCCGCCUUCUUCUUUGAGUACGACACGCCCCGUAUGGUGCUGGUACGCAACAGGAAGGUGGGCAUCAUCUUCCGUGUGAUCCAGCUCGUGGUGCUGGUCUACAUCAUCGGGUGGGUGUUUGUCUUUGAGAAGGGCUACCAGACCUCGAGUGGCCUCAUCAGCAGCGUGUCUGUGAAGCUCAAGGGUCUGGCAGUGACGCAGCUCCCGGGCCUGGGCUCCCAGGUCUGGGACGUGGCUGACUAUGUCUUCCCAGCCCAGGGGGACAGUUCCUUCGUGGUCAUGACCAAUUUCAUCGCGACCCCCCAACAGGUCCAAGGUCACUGCGGAGAGAACCCGGAAGGGGGCACGUGCUCAAAUGACAGCAGCUGCACCCCGGGAAAGGCAGAAAGGAAGGCCCAAGGGAUCCGCACCGGCAAGUGUGUGGCCUUCAACGCCACCGUGCAGACGUGUGAGAUCUUCGGCUGGUGUCCAGUGGAGGUGGACGACCACAUCCCGCGCCCUGCCCUUCUCCAAGAGGCCGAGAACUUCACUCUCUUCAUCAAGAACAGCAUCAGUUUUCCACGCUUCAAGGUCAACAGGCGCAACCUGGUGGAGGAGGUGGAUGCCAACUACAUGAAGACCUGUCUUUACCAUAAGACCUUGCACCCGCUGUGCCCUGUCUUCAGGCUUGGCUACGUGGUACAAGAGUCAGGCCAAAAUUUCAGCACUUUGGCUGAGAAGGGCGGGGUGGUGGGCAUCACCAUUGACUGGAACUGUGAUCUGGACUGGCAUGUGCACCACUGCAAACCUAUCUAUGAGUUCCAUGGACUUCAUGAGGAGAAAAGUUUUUCUCGAGGCUUCAAUUUCAGGUUUGCCAGGCACUUCGUGGAGAAUGGGACCAACCACAGGCAUCUUUUCAAGGUGUUUGGGAUUCGUUUUGACAUUCUCGUGGAUGGCAAGGCUGGGAAGUUUGACAUCAUCCCCACAAUGACCACCAUUGGCUCUGGGAUUGGCAUCUUUGGGGUGGCCACAGUUCUCUGCGACCUGUUGCUGCUCCAUAUCCUGCCCAAGAGGCACUACUACAAGCAGAAGAAGUUCAAGUAUGCAGAGGACAUGGGGCCAGAGGCGGGUGAGCGUGACCCCGGGGCCACCAGCUCCACCCUGGGCCUGCAGGAGAACAUGAAGACAUGCUGACUGACCCUCAGCCCCCAACUCCUGAAGAUGCAGUGUGAGGCCUUGAAAGGGAGCCCUGCCGGGGACCCUGCCAGGACAGAGGGCUCUCCUCAGGAGUUCUCCUGUCCUCUCAGCCAGGCAGACGCCAAGCUGGCAGCAGCUCAGAGUGGACACUAGCACACACCUAUGCAAUCCGGAGCUCUGGCUCCA